ACCCCACGUCCCAGCCGUUCGAGUUCCUAGCAAAUCCCGCAGCGCAAGCGACCAAGGAGAUGGCGCGUACGAAGCAGACCGCUCGCAAGUCCACCGGCGGCAAGGCCCCCCGCAAGCAGCUCGCCACCACCAUCGCGGCGAGGAAGUCGGCCCCGACCACUGGCGGCGUGAAGAAGCCCCACCGCUUCAGGCCCGGCACGGUGGCGCUGAGAGAGAUCCGCAAGUAUCAGAAGAGCACGGAUCUGCUCAUCCGCAAGCUGCCGUUCCAGCGUCUGGUGCGGGAGAUCGCGCAGGAUUUCAAGACGGACCUGCGCUUCCAGAGCCAUGCCGUGCUGGCGCUUCAGGAGGCCGCCGAGGCAUAUCUCGUCGGGCUCUUCGAGGACACCAAUCUCUGCGCCAUCCACGCCAAGCGUGUCACCAUCAUGCCCAAGGACAUCCAGCUCGCCCGCCGCAUUCGUGGUGAACGCGCCUAAAACCCUAGAUGGGACAUCAUCGUGCCCUUUGUGGCAAGAUAGCUAGUUGAUUCGCUUCUGGUUUUUAGAUAUGCCACUGGAUCGUUAUAAGUGACUUUUAUUUCUUUGUAAAAAGAUCUGGUCAGUUAUCAUAUUAGUAUAAAACAUAUAGUAUUUGCGUUAAAUGUGAAACAAAUGCUUUAUUGGCCAUUAUGGAUAUCAGUACUGAGCAAUUGUGAAAUAGUGCUUUCUGUUC